AUGGAAGGAUACAUUCAUAAAGAUGUGAAGACGCUGGUGCCACGUUCUGACGCCGCGUUCUACUGGCAGCCCAACAUUGUGCUCUCAGGAGUGGUCAACACGGAUGCGCUGGCGCUCUCGAUGGACAAGGAGCCCCAGGACAUGUACAUCAUCGCUCAAGAGGCCGGCAAGGCCGUACUGUUCGACGCGCAGGAAGUGCUUGAGCUAAGUGGGGAGGAUAUCGUGAUUGAGCAUGAGAAGUCAAAGAUCGUGACCUUGACCUGCGACUUCGACCUCUACAUAUACCCUUUUGACGUGCAGACGUGCAACCUGACCAUGGCGCUGGUAGGAAAAAUAAAAUCCGAUGCUCAAUGGCAAUCUGAGUGGAAGGAGAACAAUGAUUACUCUGGCAGUUCUCUCCACCUCUACACCUUCAUCCACUUCAAGAGAAUGAUGCUGCAGGAGGAGGGAAACCCGUUGCAUCUUCCGACCAUCUGUUAUUCCAGUUGCAUCUUCCGAGCAGAUGUUGUUCCAGUUUCCGAGCAGAUGUUGUUCCAGCUUCGCGUUGCACGUCGCUUCGGCAGCCACGUCCUCGUGACGUUCCUGCCGUGCUUCGUCUUGCAGCUCAUCGGACUCAGCGUCUUCGCCGUUCCUCUGGACGACCUCCCCUCUCGUCUCACCGUCAGCAUCUCAUGCCUCAUCGUCAUGGCGGCGCUCUUCACUCAGAUCAGCUCGACGCUGCCAGUGUCUGCCGACCCCAAGAUGAUCGAUGUGUGGAUGUUCGUCCACGUGCUGAUGCUCGCGGUUGUCUUCUUCUCGCUGCUCGCGCUGGACAAAAUCCACGUAGGAACACUGCAGGAUAAUGAGGAGCGACUCCAAGUUUGGUUCGAGAAAAAGAAGGUGUGGCCCAUGAACCUACCAAAGGAGCCAGGCAAACGCUCGCUGUCCCGCCGAGUGAACCUCUGCACUGCGCUGCUCUUCGUCGCCCUCUACCUCGCAUUCGUCGCUGUCUUCAUUGUUUACAUUUACGUCUCCAGGAAUAAUCAGCUUUACGGAAAUUAA